GCAACUUCCAGUCUUCUUCUUAUUCUCUUUCAAUCAUUCUCUCUCUCUCUUUCUAUCUUUCCCUCAUACACACACAGAGGGGUAUCACUAAUGGAGGUCUCAUCAACAUCAUCCCCGUGUUCAAAACCAGAACAAAUUAUGCAAAACUCCCCUCCCAUAAUCUCAUCUCCUAGGUUUCAGCAUCAGACAAGAUCUUCUCCUCAUCAUGAACAGCAUCAAAAUCUCUCAAAUCCUUACCCAACAACAUUUGUUCAAGCAGAGACUUCCACUUUCAAACAAGUUGUUCAGAUGCUUACGGGCUCCUCUUCCACCGAUACCAACACUGGAAAACACCACGAAGCUCCUUCUCCGGUGAACAACAACAAAGGAGGUUUCUCAAUCCCACCCAUCAAGAAAACCAACAGCUUCAAGCUCUACGAAAGAAGACAAAACAAUAACAACAACAUGAUUGCUAAGAAUGAUCUAAUGAUCAACACUUUAAGGCUUCAAAACUCCCAGAGGUUGAUGAUCAACAAUGGUCAUCAAAGCCCAAUAUUCUCUCCGAGGAACAGCUCAUCAGAGAAUGUUCUUCUGUCUCCAAGCAUGCUAGAUUUCCCUAAGCUAGGGCUAAACAGUCCCGUUACGCCACUGAGAAGCAACGAUGACCCAUUCAACAAGUCAUCUCCUUUAUCUUUAGAGAGCUCAUCUGAAGAAGACAAAGCCAUUGCUGAAAAAGGAUUUUAUCUUCAUCCUUCUCCAGUUUCAACUCCUAGAGACGCUCAGCCUCUGCUUCUUCCUCUUUUUCCGGUCACUUAUCCGAGGAAUCCAUAAAUCCUGACGAGUGUUCACAUUCUAUAUUUAUGAUAUUAAGUUUAAUAUAUUCUCGGAUUUAGUUUUUAACUAUAACUAAGAUAUAUAAGUUCUUAAAUGGAGUGACUGUAAUAUUUAUGCGGUUUUUUAUAUUCAAUAUUUUGUUUCAAUUUAUCUAAAUGGAAGGUAGAUAUAUUCAUGAACCAUG